ACUCCCAACGCGUUCAGCCCGUGACGUCACGAGUUAGGAUGAAUUUUCAGGAAAAUUCUAAAGGCAGCUGGUGUAAAAGAGUGCGGUUAGUCACGGUAGAUGUUGGCGUAGCGAAGUGCGGGUAAUGUGUUACUGGUUUUAUUUAAAACUUUUCUGAUCUUUUUUUCAUAUUAAUUUUAAUUUAUUGUAAUAAAGAUGCCUAGUGCGUGCUGUGUUCCUAAUUGUAAAAGUAAUUACACGAAAAAUAGCCCCAAUAUUUCAGUAUUUUCGUUUCCAAAAGAUGAAAACACUAGAAGAGCAUGGAUCUCUGCAAUAAAGCGGGACAAUUUCGUGCCAACUAAAUAUAGUAAGGUCUGUGCUAAACAUUUUCCAGAAAAUCAGUUUUUAACUGUUAGAGAAGCGUUUAAUACCAGUACAGGAGAACUUAUUCAAGUACCAAUGGAGUAUAAAAGGCUUGUACCUGGUGCUGUACCUUCAAUUUUCCCUAAUUUACCCUCAUAUUUUUCCUCGGAAUCAAAAGCAAGAAGAGAAACUCCAAUGGAUAGGGCAACACGUAAGGAUAUGGAGAACUUAAAAGCAGCUUUAAAUAGCAGUCUUCAGGACAUAGCAAAAAAAGAGGAGUUAGAAAAAAUCAACACUUUUUCUGAUUUAAUUUUAAAAUUUAAAAACUUUGAAUCAAAUAUAUGGAGUGUAAUUCAAAAAGCAAACGAAAUAAUUUUUAUUUGUCUAGACACUUCUCAAGCUCCUAAGGUAAGUCAUUCUUUAUUAAUUUCUUCCAAAUUAGAAGCCCAUGCAUAUGUUGCAGAUCAUGAGGUUAGAAGUUUAGGCAAUUUUUCUUUUCCAUUAGUCAUAAGUAAAUCAGGUACAAUUAUAGAAAUUCUAGAUCAUUUAGAAAAUUUUAUGUAUGAGUUAAAAGGGAAAAUUGAAGUAAAAGAUACAGUCCAGUUAAUAUGCAACUUAUUAAAGGCCCUUUCGGAAAAUUCUGAAGUUAGCUCGCAAGCAAUUAAUUUUUUGAUGGAGCAAGUUUCUUUUCUUAUAAAUAAUAAAUAUGCACGCAGAUAUUCAUCUGAUAUAAUGAUAUUUUCAUCUUUACUGUAUACUAUAGCACCAUCUGCAUAUAAAUUCCUAAGACAAAGUGGAUAUUUGGUUCUGCCUCAUCCAAAUACUAUAAAUCAUCUGUGUUCAAAGUAUAAUGUAAGCCCACAAUUAGAACAGCUAGAUUCAUAUUUUUUGUUGUACAUAAAACAGAAAUUUAAAUAUUUGCAGGAGAAAGAUAAAAUUGUGACUUUAUUGCUAGAUGAAGUUCACAUAAAAGAAUAUUUUGAGUAUAAAGGGGGUUGUGUAACGGGCAUGUCGUGUGAUUCUGAAGCUUCUGCUUCUAGUGCCCAAGUUUUUAUGGUCAAAAGCAUUGCAUCCCAGUAUAAAGAUGUUGUUCAUGUUCUGCCAGUGCAUUCCAUAUCAGGGGAAAUUUUGCAUGAAUUUAUUAAGAAAAUCAUUAUUGGAUUGGAAGGUAUUGGGUUUACAGUUAUUGGUAUUAUUACUGACAAUAAUUCAGUUAAUAGGAAAGCUGUUGGACUUUUUAUUGAUCCGCCAGAAUUAUCUUAUUGUUAUUCUCAUCCAGUUAAUAAACAAAGACCACUGUUCUAUGUUGUAGACCCUGUUCAUUUGUUCAAGUGUAUGAGAAACAAUUGGUUAAAUCAAAAAAAUGAUGGGAAAUGUUUCUUCUAUCCUAAUUUUGAUUUGGUUCCUGAGGUAAAAGAUAUAGCUAACUUUAAAACAGCUCGAUUUUCAACUAUAAGAGAUUUGUACAACUUAGAAUCGGAUAGCUUAGUUAAAUAUGGUUUUAAAUUAAGUCUUAAAGCACUUGCUCCAUCAAACAUGGAAAGGCAAAACGUUCAGUUGGUUUUGAGUAUUUUUAAUGAACAUGUUGCAGAAGCUCUUGUUGAAUUAGGAGAAAGGAAAAAUUUAAUCUAUUCUAAGGAUACGUCUGAGUUUUUAAAAAUCAUUAUUACAUGGUGGCAAAUUGUUAAUGUUAAAACACCGAAUAAAGGUAAACGCUUAAACAAUAGGUAUCAGGAGCCAUUCACUUUUGAUAAAAAGGACAUUAAGAUAUUAUUUUUAGAGAAAUUUUUAAAAUGGCUUGAUAAUUGGGAAGACAUGAAAUUUAAUACUGGGACAUUUACAAAAGAAACAAGGACUGCUUUAGUUUUAACUACCAAAGCUUUAAUAGAAAUUUCAUCUUAUUGUAAAGAUAAUUUUAAAAUGAGUUAUAUUCUCCCUGGCAAGCUUCAAACAGAUGACUUGGAAAGUAGGUUUGACUGUUAUCGCAGAUUAGCAGGUUGCCAAUACAAUAUUUCAACACAGCAACUCUUUGAAUGUGAAAAAAAAUUAAGAAUUCAGUCUUUGUUGAAACUGUCCGUUCCCAGCAAAUCUUUCGGCACCUUUAAAAUUACAAAUUUUGAAACAGAUGAUAUCUUUCCGGAUUAUGAUCCAAGCUCUUCAAUUGCUUUCAUCGACCUUAAAGUAGAACCAACAGACAUUUUGAAUUUGCAAGAAAGCCUUCCUGUUUUGAUGUAUCUUGCAGGGUGA